UCUCUCUUACACCCCACCCUACAGACACUCUCUCUCCCCUUUUUUAGCUCUCUCUCUCUCUGUCCCCAAAUUUUUUAAAUAUAUUUUAGACAAAAAUAUUGAGAAUAGCAAACAAAACAAGUCAAAAAAAUAUUGACAGAAAAAAAAGGUUAAACAAAAGAAGGAGAGGAGAUCGUGAGGGGAGAGACACAGCCGAAGGAAAGGAGAGAUAAUUUCUAGGGCUUGGAGAAAAUUAGCGUUACCUUCAUUGUGAUUUUCAUCAUCCAUUUUUCACCUGAAGUGUCUUUGAGAACGCUCAUCUCUCCACAGCCAUGGUGGCCACCUCAGCUACAUCCUCAUUCUUCCCUCUCCCAUCUUCCUCACUCGACAAACCCAACAAAGUCACCUCCUCCACCAACUUCUCCGGCCUCACCCCAACUCCAAACUCUAACAGGAUGAAGGUGAAACCAAACGCUCAGGCCCCACCCAAGAUCAACGGCAAGAGAGUCGGUCUCCCAGGGUCUGUAGAGAUCUUGAAGCCUGAUAGCGAGAUUUCACCACAACAACACGCACCGAGGACGUUCAUCAACCAGUUACCUGACUGGAGCAUGCUUCUUGCUGCUAUUACAACCGUUUUCUUGGCGGCUGAGAAACAGUGGAUGAUGCUUGACUGGAAACCUAGGCGUUCGGACAUGAUUAUGGAUACGUUUGGGUUAGGGAGAAUUGUUCAGGAUGGGCUUGUGUUCCGUCAGAAUUUCUCUAUUAGGUCUUAUGAGAUAGGUGCUGAUCGCUCUGCGUCUAUAGAAACUGUUAUGAAUCAUUUACAGGAAACGGCUCUUAAUCAUGUUAAGACUGCUGGACUGCUUGGAGAUGGGUUUGGUUCUACUCCUGAGAUGGUUAAGAAGAAUUUGAUAUGGGUUGUUACUCGUAUGCAGGUUGUUGUUGAUAAAUAUCCUACUUGGGGAGAUGUUGUAGAAGUAGAUACAUGGGUCAGCAAGUCUGGAAAGAAUGGUAUGCGUCGUGAUUGGCUUGUUCGGGAUGGCAAUACUGGUCAAAUUUUAACAAGAGCAUCAAGUGUGUGGGUGAUGAUGAAUAAACUAACAAGAAGAUUAUCAAAGAUUCCUGAAGAGGUUCGAGGGGAGAUAGAGCCUUACUUUGUUGAUUCUGACCCAGUCCUUGCCGAGGACAGCAGAAAGUUAACAAAACUCGAUGACAAGACUGCUGACUAUGUUCGUUCUGGUCUCACUCCGCGUUGGAGUGACUUAGACGUUAACCAGCACGUUAACAAUGUGAAAUACAUCGGGUGGAUACUCGAGAGUGCUCCUGUGGGGAUGAUGGAGAGUCAGAAGCUGAAAAGCAUGACUCUAGAGUAUCGCAGGGAGUGCGGGAGAGACAGUGUGCUGCAGUCCCUCACCGCGGUUUCGGGCUGCGAUAUCGGUAGCCUCGGGAGAGGUGGUGAAGUGGAAUGUCAGCAUCUCCUCCGACUCCAGGAUGGAGCUGAAGUGGUGAGAGGAAGAACAGAGUGGAGUUCCAAGACGUCAACAACAACUUGGGACAUUACACCGUGAAAAAAAACCUCGCAAAACAUGGAUGGGUGCUUUGGUUACUUUGUAAACUAUAUUACCUGCUUGCAACUACUCUACUCGAAACAGUCUGGGCCACCUUUUGUAUAUUUUUUUGGUUCUUAUUUUUCUGUGAUGGAGGUCCCUUUUAUUAUAUUUAUUUGUUUUUUCUAUCUUUUGGGUGCCAGACAACGGCAAUAACUUUCUUAUCGUAUUAUUUAAAUGUACUUUAUUUGGGGGGGGGGGGGGUUUGUAGCUGUUUCCACCUAAACAGAGACGUGGAACAUGUACUUUUGUGACCUGUGAGGAAUGUCAUGCUUUGUAUCUGUCAAAAUUAUUGGAACGGCUAUUAAAUAGACACGAACAACUUAAAC